AUGGCCAACAAUAAUGGGGCCAACAAUAAGCCAGCAGCGCCGGUCAAGGAUAGUGCACAAGAAGAGCAGCAGCUCGAGGACAUGUUGCAUCGCCUCGACCAGGUGCAUCUUCAGCUCAGACAACUUCGCUCGGCGCUUCCGCGCAUGUUGGAGCCUCUCAUGACCAAACAGCCGUCGCCCCAGGCUGCGUUUGCCGCUUACAUGCAGUCGGUCGACAGCACAAAACAGGAGAUUUCUGGCUUCCAGGAGGCCUAUCUCGGUCUCUUCACCGACGGCGUCUUCCAGAGGACACGCCUUGGCCAAAAGAACGCAAAGGGCAUCAAGCAGUGGCGCGCCAGUGAACACCCCAACUGGGCCGAUCCAGACCCGAAGCGGCGACGAAUUUCAUAA